AAUGCACGUGUCAAAUUCCUGGUUCAGGUUGUAGAGACAACAGUAUAAGAGAGAAGGUUUCCAGAUUCUCUGUACAGCCGAGGCAUCAGGAGCUAAACGAAGAAAAGAAAACAUUUCUGCUGAGAGGUGAUUUUGUUAUUAAUCUCCAUCUUUUCCAAAAUGAAGACUGUGACUGUGCUGUUAUUCUUUGGUGCCUUCUUGGCUCUGAAUGAAGCUGCUGCUUUUCCAGAUACUGUAGAGCAACCUGAUCCCGUUCCAGACGUUGUUCCAGAAGCAGAAGGUGGAAACUGGGCAGAAGCAGAAGUCCCUGAACCUGAGGAGGAGGAAACUGCUCCAGAUGCUGACCUGAUGAUGAAUGGAAUAUCUUGUCCUGCUGGUUGGUCUGGACUCGGGAAUCGAUGCUUCCGGUAUUUUGGAACAUUCAGAACUUGGGCUAGAGCUGAGAGAGACUGCUUGUCCUUGGGAGCACAGCUGGCAUCAGUCCACAGUUUUUUAGAACACCAUCAGAUUCAGAACCUGAUAUCAGAAUCAGGUGGCGGCAAUCAAGAAACGUGGAUUGGAGCAUCUGACGCAGAAGAGAAUUCCAUUUGGUUCUGGAGUGAUGGAAGGAUUUUUCAAUUUACCAACUGGUGUGGUGGACAGCCUAAUAACGCCGGGGGGAAACAGAGUUGUGUGGUUAUGAAUUAUUCAGUGAACACGUGCUGGAAUGAUGAGCAGUGUACCGCUAGCCGACCGUAUGUGUGUGUCAAAAAACUCUGAUGGCUCCACAGCUCCCAAAGAAGUCCAAAAAACAAGCAACAGAGGAAAUAUGUUGGAUAGUUUGACCCUGUCAAGCAUCAUGUAUAUAAAAAUCUUAGUUAUUUUAAUAACACAACUUGAGUAGUUAGUAGGCAUGUGCAAAAACAGUAGAUUAUUUUUGAGUCAUUUAGGUGGAAUCCUUUUUCAUUGUUCUUCUUUAUAAAGCACUGAAUGUAAUGUUAUGUACAUGUAAUGUUAAUAUUUUGUUUUGUAAUGUAACUGUGUCUAAUAAACAGUUUU